AUGGAAGGAUCUAGCGCUUCCAGUUUUGGAAUAGACACGAUUUUGUCUAAUCCCAGGUCCGGCAGCCCGGUUAUGAUGAACGGAGACUUUCGGACGGCCCAUGGCGAGGCCAGGGCAGCGGAUUUUCUCAACCAGGCCACUCCGUCCCCUUGUUCGGAAAUAGACACGGUGGGGACGACUCCCUCCUCGCCUAUCUCGGUCACCGCAGAGCACCCCGAGCAGCAUCUGGCGCAAGACGGCUUGUCGCCGCAGCAUCACCAUCUUCAUCACAGCCAACAUCCAGAGCAGCAACAGCCAAAAAGUUUGCAGCCGUCGCCCCAGCAACAGCAGCAGCAGCAGCAACAGCAGCAGCAGCAACAGCAAUUAGGUUCGGGCAGCUCUGCCCCCAGGACUUCCACUUCUUCUUUUUUAAUUAAGGACAUUUUGGGAGAUAGCAAACCGCUGGCAGCGUGUGCCCCUUACAGCACUAGCGUCUCCUCUCCCCAUCCCACCCCCAAACAAGAGAGCAACGCAGCCAACGAAAGUUUCAGGCCAAAACUCGAGCAGGACGACAGCAGAACCAAACUGGACAAACGCGAUGACUCCCAGAAUGAGCUGAAAUGCCACGGGGCAAAAGAAGAAGGGGAUCGUGAGAUUUCAAGCAGCAGGGAUAGCCCUCCUGUGAGGGCAAAGAAGCCUCGCAAGGCACGGACUGCCUUCUCCGACCAUCAGCUCAACCAGCUGGAGAGGAGCUUCGAGAGACAGAAGUACCUGAGCGUCCAAGACCGCAUGGACUUGGCAGCCGCCCUCAAUCUGACUGACACCCAGGUCAAGACCUGGUACCAAAACCGGAGCGCCGCGCCCCCCCCCCACCUUCCGCGGCCUCUGGCCCCCCGGGUUCUGAUCCACGGCCUCGGCCCGGGAGGGCAGCCGGCCCUCAACCCCUUAUCCAACCCCCUUCCAGGGACCCCUCACCCGCGGUGA